AUGAAUACUUUCAAACUUUUAUUUGUGGUGGGUCUGUUGGCAGCUACUGCGAGUGCCAAUCGCCAACAUCAUCAACAUCAACAAUCGCAGAAGUUAAAACCAAGCGAAUGGUUCUCCCCCAAACAAUUAAAAGAUUGUCCAUCACUGGAUGAUGUCACCGUUGAGCGUUUGGAAAAUAUGUCCUUGGAGGAAGGAGCUGAGACUUUGCGUACCAUUUACCACGUUUCCCACAUCAACUAUGACAUGCAGCCAUCGUAUACACCAACUCCCAGCAGCAUUCCCGUGACAAUCUUCAAAAGCAAUGGCGAAAAGGUCGAGACCACCUUGGACAAAAUGGCCUCCACUGCCAAACAAAUGCCCAAAUUUGGCAAACAGGAGAUUACCAUUUACAUUACCGGUGUCCCAGCUAAAACGGAAACUGUACACAAGGCCAAUAGUGAACUUGUAAAUGCCUAUGUGGAACGUUAUCGCCAUCGUGCCUCCAAGACCGAAGAGGAAAAUCCCAAUACUGGUAAUUUGGUGGUCAUUGAUUUGGGUGAACAAUUGUCCAGUGCCAAACGUUACGCCUUGUUGGAUGUUGAAGAAACCGGUGAAAAGAUUGCCGAAAGCAUUGCCGAUUUGAUUGAAGAAUGCAAGGUACCCCACAACAUUGUCCAUAUUGUGGCCCAUAAUAUUGCCGCUCAUGUUGCUGGUGCCGCUGGUGAGGCAUUCGAACGUCAAACUGGUGAACAAUUUAGCCGGAUCACUGCCCUGGAUCCUUCCAAAAUCUAUGCCGAAGAAUCGGAUUGUUUGACCGGUUUGGCUCGUGGUGAUGCUGAAUUUGUUGAUGCCAUCCAUACCUCUGCCUGGGGCAUGGGCACAACCCGUCGUGUCGGUGAUGUUGAUUUCUUCCCCAACGGUCCAUGCCGUGGUGUUCCCGGUACAAACAAUGUUAUCCAGGCCACUAUGCGUGCCGUUCGCCUGUAUGCUGAAUCUGUCCGUCCCGGUCAUGAACAUAAUUUCCCCGCCGUUGAAGAACGUUCCGUUGAGAAUUACAAGAAUUAUGGUUGUGGUAAACGUGUCCAUAUGGGUCUGGCUGUUGACAAGAAUGCCAAGGGUGAUUUCAUCCUCCAGGUGAAUGAACAGAGUCCCUUCGGCCAACGUGCUCCAGCUAAACACAAUAAGGAAUGCCAUAAAUCUCAUAGAUCCUCUGCCACCUGGUCGUCGGAAAGAAAUUAA